AUGUGAGGUCAAUUAACACCGGAAUAACUUUUGUUUGCCCAUCAUAUGUAAUAGGGUAUUACCUUGGUUUUACUCUUACGAUCCUGGACCCGAACUCUCCGGUCCGGACCGGAGAGCUUAGUUCUAAAGAUGUCCCGGGUUCUGAUUGUUGGAGCGGGUCUGACUGGCAGCUUGUGCGCAUGUCUGCUGAGGAGAGCACUGCGGAGCAAGGUUCAGGUGGUGGUGUGGGACAAGGCGAGGGGUGCAGGGGGCAGGAUGUCCACCAGCCGUCCUCCUGACUCUACGUCUCAUUCUGCUGACCUCGGAGCACAGUACAUCACAGCCACUCCUGCCUAUGCUCAGUCCCACAGCAAUUUCUAUACAGAGCUGCUGUCAGCCGGCCUACUGAGGCCACUCGACUGUCACAUCGAAGGUCUGCAACAUAAAGAGGGAAACAAGGACUAUGUAACGCCACUGGGAACAAGCAGUGUGGUGAAACACUUCCUGUCCGAGUCAGGAGCGGAUUUGUACCUGGAAUAUCAUGUGACUGGCCUAUACUACCGUGGAGGAUCAUGGGAGGUGGAGAGGAAUGGAGGCAGCGAGAAGUUUGACGUUGUUAUCCUGACGAUGCCGGUGCCUCAGAUCCUACAGCUGCAGGGAGACCUGGGAAACUUACUGUCUGUCCAGCAGAGGGAGCAGUUGGAGGGCGUCAGGUACUCAUCCCGCUUCGCUAUCGCACUCUUCUUCUCUCCCGACGUUGUCUUCAGUUUCACCUGGGGGGCGAGGUACGUCACCGACAGCCACUGCAUCCGCUACAUCGCCGUGGACAACAAGAAACGCAGCACAGAUGCUCCAGGUCUGGGUCCAUCCCUUGUUGUCCACACCAGUGUUCCGUUUGGCCAGGAGAACUUGGAGAUUGAGAAGGAUGCCAUCCAGCCAAUCAUCUUGCAGGAGCUCCACAGGCUUCUACCUGACCUACCUCAGCCAAUCAGCAUCAAGUCUCAAAAGUGGAGGUACUCCCAGGUGCUGACCUCAGUCCCCAACUGUCCAGGUCACAUGACUAUCCUGGAGCAGCCACUGCUCAUCUGCGGCGGUGACGCCUUCACCCACUCCAACUUUGAUGGCUGUGUGGAAUCUGCACUGAGUGUGCUCAGAGCUUUUAAGGUGUCAUUGGACAUCCAGAAGAACGCUUGACACACCUGAGACACACCUGGUCAAUGACUGGGAUCAUUUACAUAAAUGAGUCAUGAAGUGAUUCAAAGAUCUGCACCAGAUGAUGUCAGUGUUUCUCAGAAUAAAUGUUUGUGGUUAAAAAUAA